CGGAAAGAUGGAAAUGUCGGGCCGCGAGUGGUCCGCCUGCAAUUUUGGACAAUGGCUACAGUGAUUGGCCGAGAGCAAAGAUGGAGACGGCGGGCGGCGAUUGGUCCGCCUGCAAUUUUGGACAAUGGCUACAGGGAUUGGCCGAGAGCAAAGAUGGAGACGGCGGGCGGCGAUUGGUCCGCCCCGGCAAUUUUGGACAAUGGCUACAGUGACUGGCCGAGCGCAAAGAUGGACACGGGACUAGGUGAUUGGAGGGGAAGAUACAGACUCUCGCCCUCCCGCUACCCAGGCUGCUCGGGUUCGACUCCCGGUUAAUUCUGAUAUCAAACUGCUACACGGACGGAAAGAAAGAAGAGACUUUAUUUGGGAUAGUGUAAAUACUCACCAUGGGUGUGCUAGAAGCGGAAGAAUCUUCUCGGUUACUGGAUGAAAAGCUGCUUCAUUUCAUGGAUCAGCUCGAGUUACUGGAGGAGAAACGAGCCACCUUCAACUCUCUCAUAGAGCAGGGAUGGUUUUCCAUGACUAAGGCGCGAUAUGCCAUGGGAAACAAACAAGUCUCUGCUCUUCAGUAUGCGAGUGAAAUGGAGCCACUUGUCUGUGUUCAUGCUAAAGAGCUGGACAAUGGUGAGGUGGAAUUCAACACUGAAAAACUUGCACAAAAGUGUAGUAAAGAGUCUAGAAGUGACUUAAAAUCUGUAGAGGAUAUUGGACCUCAAGAAGAAGGUGUCAGAAGAAGAAAUAAAUCAAAAAAGGAUAUAACAGAGAAAAACGCAAGUGAGAACACAAGUAGCGAGAAAGCUCCUGAAGUAAAUCCAGUACAAAAGAGUGACCAGAAUCCUCAGCAAGAUCCACUGAGAUGGUUUGGGAUUUUGGUGCCACAGUCUCUUAAACAAGCACAGUCAUCAUUCAAGCAAGUGAUAGAUCUGUCCGCUGAGAUUGCAACUCUCCAGACCGCGGUUUUGAACACUAGACAGGAGCUGAAGCAUGCCUUGAAAAGCAAACACACUCCGGGAGACGGAUCACAGACUCGGCUGGACAAUCUGGCAGGCUAAAGAGUCAAAGCAGGAGGCGAUUGGAGAAAAGCUUCCGGCAGCCGCAGAGAGUUAGUAGAUUCUGUGUCAGGGUCCAAUGAACUCCACGACAAUGGUCCUGGUGGAACUGGAAAUGGAGCUCGAACGAAGCAGUUCCUGCAUUGUGAUUUAACAGUGACAUGUUUCAUCUUGUGCUGGUAAAUGUGUAGCUAAUUUGGUUUGAAUGUGUUUCUGAAUUUGUUGUAGACCGCAACAGAAAGAAUCAUAGACAAACUUUUUUUUUUUUAAUAAAUGUGCUGGGUAUCACUUUCUAUUAAGAAGCCCCUUUAAUAAGCUCUAACUACUGGCUUCAUUACUUGAUAAUAUGGCCUUUAUCGAUGGUUUUAAUUAGGAAGUAUAAAAAAAUGUGAGUUCCAUCUUCCCUAAAUUCUUGUAUGCUUGCUGUAAAAGGGUAAUAAUGUAGUCAUAAAAAAACAUAUUUGUUAGUUUUUGAUGGUGCUGCUUUUCCACGAGGUAUGCGGUCAUAGACAUUGAUUAUAAAACCCCAAAUUGUACAAUAAUAAGUAAGUAAACCAAAUAACCAAUUAAAAUAACUAGUAGUAGCAUGUCUGUGGAGUAACUGAAGAAAUUAGCAAAGCUCAGGUUAAUAGUAUUAUAUUGUAGUAGUUAUAUAGUAUCAAUGUUUCAUGUUUUUUUUAAAUUUUCAUAGCAUUUUUUAUUUUUAUUUUUUAAAUCCUACAUUAUACAUGUAUGUUUUUAAAAUGUCUCUCUUCAGGAGGCUGGUUUAGUUUCGUUAUGGGUUUCCCCCGACAAGAUGUCAGAUUUUAUUUAUUUGUAAGACAUUUUUAUAAUCAUCUGCCUUUUGAUCUGAUUUCAUCUAAUUUAAUUUAUGCGUUUAAUUGUUUCUUCUGUAUAAACCAAGUUAAACCAGACGUCACUCGCAUGAAUAAAGUCACUACUUGCAAUGUC